AUGGUUCUGGAUGCCACAAAUCUCCGUAGUUGCAACCCUUUUCAGCUGGAUGAUGGUGACUACAUCACUCUUGAAGAGGUCGCUAGGAAAGCCCCUGCCGAGGGAAGUUCGUUAGUUGAAGAGCUUGAGAUUCCUGUUGGAAAGUUGAACCUAGCGUUACAGAGCUUGGGUGGAGAUGCUGAGAACGAAGGCGAAGAAGAGAGGGAAGAGGGAGAAGAAGGAGAAGAAGCAGAAGAGGUCGAGGAGAGUGACUCUGAAAGCGAAGAGAAUGUAAUGAGGAAGGAAGUAAGGACCAAGAAAGAGCAUGAUGCAAUGACACACGAGGAACGUGUGGUGACCCUCAUUCGUCAGCAAAAUCGGAUGAUUGAGGAAGGCUUCUCUUUCAUGAAGGCUCAGUUUGUCACUGUCAAUCAGAGGUUAGACAAGUUGGAGGCUGGUUCUAGCCGUGGUGGAGUUGAGGAAGACUCAGACGAGGAUGCCGAGGAGUCGGAGGAUGAAUCCUCUUAG